AUGUCUGAGUCGGAACAGUCUUUGAAGGGCACUUCACAGAUCAAGAUCCUUUCUGCCGAAGACAUUGAGGGCAUGACAGUUGUGUGUAAGGUAAAUUGUUCAAUUGCUUUGUAACCUUUCUCCAUUGACGUUAUUAACUGUUUAAAAAAACAGUGGUUUGAAAUGUAAAGACAAUAUUUCUGUAUUUUUGUAGCUGGCCCGAGAGGUGCUCGACAUCGCCGCCCUGAUGGUAAAACCUGGCAUGACCACGGAGGAGAUUGACCACACUGUGCACCUGGUAAAGAUGCUGGCCUCCUUUACCCCUCUCCCAUCCACUCGCUUUCUCCUCUCGCUCUCUUCCUUUCUCACUCUAUUCUCCUCUCUCCCUCGUCUUGAUCGUUGAUGUGUAAGUACUUUAUUCUUCCUCCCUCCAGGCCUGCACAGCCAGAAACUGUUACCCCUCCCCUCUCAACUACUACAACUUCCCCAAGUCCUGCUGCACGUCAGUCAACGAGGUCAUCUGCCACGGCAUCCCAGACAGGAGACCUCUGGUGGAUGGGGAUAUCCUCAACGGUAGGCUUCCCAGGAGGAAUCUCCAUAGUGUCAAGUGACUUCUUUUCCUCAUAUCACUCUCAAUCUUUACUGAUGUGAAUGGACUGGGCAGGUGAAAAGCAAAUCCCUAGUUGGCAUCCUCCAUAUGCUUUCACCUAAUGUAUAUGCUAUUAUCAGAUCAUUGAGUAUGAUGGGGUUUCACUAGGAGAUACAGCCACCUUAGACUAUUGAGAUGCACAUGGAGAAUGGGCUAGUUUCCAUUCGACAGACUGCCAAAGACUUCUUGCUCACAGCAUGGUUUGACAAGAUAAAUUGUUUUAUUAGUAUUCAGCAACAGUCUAUAGGACUUCAGCCAAAAUGUAGCCUGUCCCCUAUAUAUUUCUGCGAAGGACUCCUCAGAAGAGACAGAUCCAAUCAGAGACACUGCCAAAAACCUGACUUACAGCAUGGUUUAACAAGACAAAUGCUCUCAUUUAGCGUUCAGCUUUGCCAUUUUGCUCCCUAGCGUGUGUGUAUUUCUGCUAAUGUUCGGCAUCUCUUUCCCUCCUCCUUUGCAGUGGAUAUUACUGUGUACCACAAUGGAUUUCAUGGAGACCUCAACGAGACCUUCUUCGUUGGAGAGGCAGAUGAAGGGGCGAAAAAACUUGUCCAGACCACCUUUGAAUGCCUUAUGCAAGCCAUCGACUCCGGUAGGAUCUCUUACCUGAUGCCAGAUAAUCAUAAUGAUGAACUUGAUUUCUUUAACAAUUAGGUCACUAUCUCAAAGUUAAAGGGGCAAUCAGCUGUUGCUACAUCCAUUUUUGGACUCAUAAAUGAAUGGUAUGUACCCAUUUGAUUCUUGAAGUAUAGAACUUAUAAAUGCCAAAUUAGCUUAUUAGUUCAACUGCCGUACCCCAUCAGAACCCAAAAUAUAAGCUUGUUUUACACCGAUGUUUGUAAACAAACACUAUAUAGCCUCAAAACAUGGUUAAAACUAUAAUUUUGAUAUCAAUGAUGGUCAGUCCUUGCAUCCAUAGUUCUGUCUAUGAAUUUGAGUGGUUACUUUUCUCCAGCCCCAUCCCUCAGCUUUUUACAGAAACGGGUGGGGAGAACGCUUUGUUUCAACUGCUGAAUGCCGCUUUAAUGUUUCCCCCCCCCCCCCCCCCCCCCCUUUCUAGUGAAGCCAGGUAUCCGCUACAGGGAGCUUGGUAACAUCAUCCAGAAACAUGCCCAGGCUAAUGGCUUCUCUGUGGUGCGGAGCUACUGUGGCCACGGCAUCCACAAACUGUUCCACACUGCCCCUAACGUGCCACACUAUGCCAGUGAGUAACACUACCUCUUAGGGCCGGGAUGGUACCUAUAUUGCGAUACUCGUUAGUAUCGUGGCAAGGAAACAAAACACGAAGUGGAUUUAACUUGUUUAGUAAAACAGCCCUAAUGUUGGAAACAAACAAUUAUGUCGUAAUCAUUUAUUUAGUCACAUUUAUUUAUUUUCCAAGCUAUAGCACGCUAUUUUACAUACAGCAGGUUUUUAAAGGACCAAAGAAUUGGGUCUGUUUUUUUGUUUUCAUUUUUACCAUAUUAAUAUACUUGUAUCAUUCCGGCCCUACUCCCUCUCCUUCCACCAAUACGCUUGUGAAAUUGACAUCCUAUUCUCAGAUAACAUAGUAGCCUACUUUAUCAAUCGAAAGGUGAUUUGGGGGAUGAUGUAUAAAGCAGUGCGUUUCCUCUUUCCUUUGCAGAAAACAAAGCAGUCGGAGUGAUGAAGCCUGGCCAUGUAUUCACCAUCGAACCCAUGAUCUGUGAAGGUAAGGGCCCUCUGAGACAUGACCACAGAUUUGGGGUGUAAUAUUGUGUGUAAUUAGUUGGUAAUUAUAUACCUAUGUGUAAAACUACCUGUGUGUUUAAAACUGUAUACCUGUGUGUGUGUGUGUGUGUGUGUGUGUGUUCUGCGUAGGUGGUUGGCAGGACGAGACGUGGCCUGAUGGCUGGACAGCAGUGACCCGGGACGGAAAGCGUUCUGCCCAGUUUGAGCACACCCUCCUGGUGACUGAGACGGGCUGUGACAUUCUGACGCGCCGGCUGGAUGACAACGGACGUCCCCACUUCCUGAACCAAAUCUAA